AUGACUCGAGCCUUCUGCGCAAGGCCUGUCGAAGACCAACUUUCCAACAGCAAUCUAGCCAUUUUCUUCAUUUGCUCGGGCAAGGACCCUUGCUUUGUCAAAGGCGAAGACGUGCCACUCUGUGUGUCGCUGGCCCGCAACCUCAGUCUCCUCGUCACUCAGUCUCCUGCCUGUCACCGUGUCGCCCUCUUGUGUGUUCGUUCCGUGGCCCUUUGUGACACCAUGACUGGUGUUCGGAAUAAGCAAAUUGGUCACGGCGGCGGCGGCGGCGACGCGUCUGUGUUGUCAGAGAACCAGCGACUUCAGCCGUUGCAGGACAACCUCGGCUAUAAGUCCCGAAAUCGGAUCAAUCUACAAGCGGUUGAAGGGGACAACAAUGGGUUCACCGAUUUCGGGACUCAUAACCGAGUUUGUCCUGCAACGGCUGGAGUCGUUGGUUUUCCGACACAACAGACCGAAAUUGUGGGCGCGGCCCGGUUAAGCACGCUCAGACUCGUUGGGCGUGAUCGUCUUGUUACGGAAACCACACCGGGGAAUUUUUUAACCAGUGGAAUUGACAUGUCACUGCAGAUGAUUUCCUCCAUGCGCCAUGUUCAUAUGCUGCUUUCGGCCCAAGUGCGCAAGUUUGAGAUUACCUCCGCGCACUUAAUGCUACAGGAAGAUGGGAAGCAGGAAGGCCGUGAUGAGAGAACAACGUGGGAGAACAAGAUGAAAAAAGUGACAACAGAGGCCAUCGCAGCAGCAAAAGAAAAAGCAACAGCACCAGUAGCCACAGAAGCGGACAAGACCAAGCCGCAGAUGACAGCGAGCUGCAGUACAAGAGUAGCAACCAUAGACGCAGCAGCAACAGAGUCAGUUGCGACAGAGGCAAGAGCAGCAGAACAGACGCAACAGCAACCGAGGCAACAGCAGCAGUUGCGACAGGGGCAGUAG